GUACUCCAUCGCACUUUCUUCAUCACUUCACUUCCUUUCAUCUUCUUCUUCGUUGGAUUAUUAUGGUCUUUGGGUUUUGUUUUUCCCUCAAAACCUACCUUCAAAAACUCAUUUAAGUCCAGAAAAAGAAGAAAAAAAAGUUAACCUACCUUACCUUGGAAGCAAAUAUAUGGACAGGCUUAUUUCUUUGGAGCCUUCAAACCUUGUUGUUAUCAGGGUUGAGCCAGGACAGAAAUGUUACGGCGAGCUUACGCUUCGCAAUGUUAUGUUCACGAUGCCGGUUGCGUUUAGGCUCCAACCUUCAGACAAGGGCCGGUACACAGUGAAGCCGCACUCAGGAAUCAUAGCACCACUCGGGACAGUAACUGUGGAGAUUGUGUAUCAUCUCCCUACCGGCUCGUUUCUUCCUGAUUCGUUCCCUCGCAGCGAUGAUUCUUUCCUUUUACAUAGUGUGGUGGUUCCGGGAGCCGCGAUCAAGGGUUCAAUGUCGACUUUCGAUGCGGUUCCCAAUGAUUGGUUUACGACAAAGAAGAAACAGGUGUUUGUUGACAGUGGUAUAAAGAUCAUGUUUGUUGGCUCACCCGUUUCGGUUCAACUAGUGAUGGAUGGUUCCAUGGAUGAUAUAAGAGAAGUACUGGAGCAGAGUGAUCCAGCUUUGAAUCUGGUUGAUUCAGUUGAUUCACAUGGAGAUACCCUGCUUCAUAUUGCCAUAUCUCAAAGCAGACCUGAUAUUGUCCAAUUACUGCUUGAAUUUGAGCCCAAUGUCGAGUUUCAAAAUCGGUCAGGUUCAUCCCCGCUUGAGGCAGCUGCAGGGUGCGGAGAAGAACUGAUUGUUGAACUUCUACUGGCGCAUAAGGCUAGCACUGAGCGAUCCAAGUCAUCUACUUGGGGUCCAAUUCACCGAGCUGCAGUUGGUGGCCAUACCCAGGUACUCCGACUGCUUUUGCUUCAAGGGGCUAAUGUUGAUGCCCUCGCAAAGGAUGGCAAUACUGCCUUACAUCUAGCAGUUGAGGAAAGAAAAAAAGAUUGCAUACGUCUGCUGCUAGCCAAUGGCUCGAAACCAGAUGUUCGCAAUACGAAAGAUGGUGACACACCAUUACACAUCGCGGCCGGAUUAGGUGACGAGCAGAUGGUUAGGUUGUUGCUUCAAAAGGGAGCGAACAAAGAUGUUCGGAACAAGGCAGGCAGAACUGCAUAUGAUGUUGCUGCCGAAUAUGGUCACGUACGUCUUUUCGACACACUCAAGCUUGGUGACAGAUUGUGUUUUGCUGCUCGAAAAGGUGAAGUGGGAUCCAUCCAAAGGCUGAUCGAAAACGGUGCUUUGAUCAAUGGAAGAGAUCAACACGGAUGGACAGCCUUACAUAGAGCCUCGUUCAAAGGAAGAACCGAAGCAGUAAGGAUGCUGAUCAAUAAGGGGAUCGAAGUCAAUUCAAAAGAUGAAGAAGGAUACACCGCUUUGCAUUGUGCCGUUGAAUCGGGUCAUACAGAGGUGGUAGAAUUGUUGGUAAAAAAGGGAGCAGAUGUUGAAGCAAGGACUAACAAAGGUGUUACCGCCCUGCAAAUUGCAGAUUCAUUACACUAUACAGGCAUUAGCAGGAUACUAAUUCAUGGCACUCCAACAAAAGAUGGUAUGCCACGAGCUACAGUUAUGCCGAUUUCGAUACCAUAUGGAAAUGGAAAAUCUGGAAAAGAGAUGGAAACUAAGGCAGCACCAUUGAAGAGGAGACCAUCUAGAGCAAGAGGCUUGCACGGUGGCUUCGAUAGAUCACUCCCAUUGGCAGUUAUAUAGGAGGCACGAUGGUUGAACAUAACUUUUUCUUUGUUUUCCUCACAAAUCUGAGUUCUUUUGGUUUUGGGGUAUACAAUAUAUACAGAUCUGUAAAUCCGAAAUAUUGAAUCCAUAACCUGAAUCUUUAUAUAAACUACAUUAUCAUUGUAAGUUUGCCAAGGGAAUUCCAAGUAUAGCUGUUGACGAUUUGCUUAUUGGAUAUCUGUAAAUGUAA